AUGACCGAGGUCGGUGGACGCAGAAGCUUCAAGGUGUUUGGGCAAGAGUUCAUCGUCGACGGUCGAUACAAUGUCACAAAGGAGUUGGGCCAGGGCGCAAGCUCAACUGACGGAGCCCGCUCCAGCGCUGCACAAGCAAGCCACGACCCGAAAGAGCAGGUAGCCGUCAAGAAGAUCACGAAUGUCUUCAGCAAGCAGAUCCUGGCCAAGCGCGCUCUGCGUGAGAUCAAGCUGCUGCAGCACUUCAGAGGCCACCGCAACAUCACAUGCCUCUUCGACAUGGACAUCCCCGGCGGGCCUGGCAGCUACAACGAGGUCUACCUCUACGAAGAGCUGAUGGAGUGUGACCUGGCCGCCAUCAUCCGCAGCGGCCAGCCCUUGACCGACGCCCACUUCCAAUCUUUCAUCUACCAGAUUCUGUGCGGUCUCAAGUACAUCCACUCGGCCAACGUCUUGCACCGUGAUCUCAAGCCUGGCAACCUGCUCGUCAAUGCCGACUGCGAGCUGAAGAUUUGCGACUUUGGUUUGGCCCGUGGCUUCAGCAACGAGCCCGACAAUGUUGCUGCUGGUUUCCAGACAGAGUACGUCGCCACGAGAUGGUACAGAGCGCCUGAGAUUAUGCUCAGUUUCGCAGAAUACACGAAAGCUAUUGACGUAUGGUCAGUUGGCUGUAUCCUUGCCGAACUUCUCGGCGGCAAGCCCUUCCUGAAGGGCAAGGAUUACGUCGACCAGCUCAACCAGAUCCUCCACGUCCUCGGUACGCCCGACGAAAGCACUCUCCAGCUCAUUGGCUCCCCUCGCGCCCGCGAGUAUGUCCGCGGGUUGCCUUUUAUGCCUCGCAUCCCAUACCAGCAGUUCUUCCCUCGCGCCAACCCCGACGCUCUCGACCUCCUGGAGAAGAUGCUCGCUUUCGUUCCCGCCAACCGCAUUACCACCGAAGAAGCUCUCGAGCACCCAUACCUCGCCAUCUGGCACGACCCCAGCGACGAGCCUGCCUGUCCCACAAAGUUCGAUUUCCGUUUCGAGGUUGUUAAGGAGAUCCCCGAACUCAGAACUAUCAUUUUCGACGAGGUUAGACGCUUCAGAGGUGAAGUUCGUGCUCCGCUCCAUCAACAGCAACAACAGCAGCAGCAGCACUACGGCGACUACCAACAACAAGCCGGUCAGGUGCCCAUGCCCGACCAAUGGAGCCCUCGUCAAGCUGAAGACCCGCGUCCUCAGGCUCUUGGUGAAAGCACGGCCGAAGGUCUCGAGAGGGAGUUGGAGUAUGGUCUGGACGCUCAGUACGGCCAGCAGCAGAUGCGAUAA